AUGAGGUGUUGGGUUUUGAAUGAGAGUCUCCCUGCCACAGUUGUACUCUUGUGGCUGGGAGUGAAUGUGUAUCUCUUCGUUGACACAUUUCGUUGGUAUGAGGAGGCGGAGUCUUUUCUUUACACACGAAUUAUUUUGGGUUCAACACUGGCUUGGGCAAGAGCGUCUGCACUGUGCUUGAAUUUUAACUGUAUGUUAAUCCUGCUACCAAUCAGUCGAAACCUGAUUUCAUUCGUGAGAGGAACAAGCACUUGCUGCAGAGGACCAUGGGGAAGGCAAUUAGACAAAAACCUCAAAUUCCACAAAUUGGUCGCCUAUGGAAUAGUCGUUAGUGCAGCCAUCCACAUCGUGGCCCAUUUGUUCAACUUGGAGCGCUACCACUUCAGCCAGUCGGAGGAAGCUCCUGGGCUUCCGGCUGCACUUUCCAAACUUGGCAACAGCCCGAAUGAAAGCUACCUCAACCCCAUCCGGACCUCCAGCACGAACACAAUCACGGAGCUGCUAACGACAAUCGCAGGCAUCACUGGCCUGGCACUCUCUUUGACUUUGAUCUUGAUCGUGACUUCCUCAACUGAGUCCAUCAGACAGGUCUCCUAUGAGUUAUUCUGGUAUACACACCACAUUUUCAUCAUCUUCUUUAUCAGUCUGGCUCUCCAUGGGGCAGGUCGGAUUGUUCGUGGUCAAACUCCGGAGAGCCUCUUGCUGCACAAUGUCACCUUCUGUAGACACCACUAUGCCAAGUGGCAGACAGUCGCCCUGUGUCCCAUACCUCAAUUUUCUGGCAAGGAACCCUCGGCUUGGAAAUGGGUUUUGGGACCUGUGGUCUUAUACUCAUGUGAAAGAAUAAUUAGGUUCUGGCGAUUUCAGCAAGAGGUUGUCAUUACCAAGGUGAUAAGCCACCCAUCUGGAGUCCUGGAGAUUCACAUGCAGAAGCGUGACUUCAGAAUGGCCCCGGGGCAGUAUGUCCUCAUCCAGUGCCCAGCCAUCUCCAAGCUGGAGUGGCAUCCCUUUACCCUCACCUCUGCCCCCCAGGAAGACUUCUUCAGUGUUCACAUCCGGGCAGCUGGAGACUGGACCAGAGCUCUGUGCGAGGCCUUUGGGGACCAGGGACGAGACCUGCAGCAGCCCCACACUCUUCCAAGGCUGGCCGUGGAUGGGCCCUUUGGAGCUGCACUCACAGACGUGUUUCAUUACCCGGUGAGCAUGUGCGUUGCCGCGGGAAUUGGUGUCACUCCCUUUGCUGCGCUUCUGAAGUCUAUAUGGUACAAAUGCUGUGCGCCCCAGUGCCAGCUGAAACUAAGCAAGGUGUAUUUCUACUGGAUCUGCCGGGAUUCAAGGGCAUUUGAGUGGUUUGCUGAUCUCCUACUCUCCCUGGAAACACAGAUGAGUGAACAUGGGAAAAUUCACUUUCUGAGUUACCAUAUAUUUCUUACUAGCUGGGAUGAAGACCAGGCUAUUCACAUAGCUUUACAUUGGGAUGAAAAUGUUGAUGUGAUUACGGGCUUAAAGCAGAAAACCUUCUACGGGAGACCCAACUGGGACAACGAAUUCAAGCAGAUAGCCUACAAUCACCCCAGCAGCAGCAUUGGCGUCUUUUGCUGUGGACCCAGCGCUCUUUCCAAGACACUUCAAAGGAUGUGCCGGUUAUAUUCAUCUGCUGACCCCAGGGGUGUGCAUUUUUAUUACAACAAGGAAAGCUUCUAG